AUGGAUGACCUCGAAUCCCUCGAAUUGCUCUCUUUGGUCUCCAAAGUGACUUCGGAACUCCAGAACCAUCUUGGGAUCAGCGACAAGACCCUCGCCGAGUUCAUCAUUGCACAGCAUGCAGAAUGCAAAAACUUGGAGGAGUUUCAGCAGAAGCUGGAGGCAAUGGGGGCGGACUUUCCACAAAGUUUGAUAGAGAGUGUAGAUCGCCUGGUGCUGACUAUGCAUCCAAAAUUUAAGGGAGGGAAAGCAAGGAAUGGAGAAAGCGCUGAGGAUGGUUCCCGAAAAGUGGCAGAGAAGACGAAGAUCUUCAAAGGACUUGCGCUGCCUGACCGGGACGUUCCGUGGCAAGACGAGGGAGACUACUCAAACAACAAUGUGAAUCAGGGAACAGAUGCGAUCGACGAUACUCUUGCCCUACUCGAGGGCCUCGAAAGCAAGGCCAGAACAGAGAAGCCUGCGACAACCAGUCGCAAACGAAGCAGAAGCCCUGAAGAAGAUGAUAGGGGACGGAGUCGGAAAGAUAGAUACAGAUCACGGUCACGCUCCGUGGAAGAAUCUAGGAGACGAAGGAGACAUGGACAUGGGGAAGACGAAAAUGGGCGCUCGCGGAAUGGUCACAAAAGUCAUCGCCGAAGACGAGACGAUGAUGAUCAGUUCAAAAGGCCUCCAACUCCAGAAAUUGACGACGAACCUAUACUUUUCAAGGUGUACGAGGGUCACGUUACAGGAGUCAAGGACUUCGGGUCAUUUGUUAAUAUACACGGCGUUAAAGGCAAGGUGGAUGGUCUUGUACAUGUAUCUGCCUUAGUGGAGGGCCAGCGGGUAAAUCACCCCUCAGAUUUGGUUUCCAGAGGCCAGCCAGUCAAGGUCAAGAUCCUAAAAAUUGAAGGCGCCAGAAUAGGGCUCUCCAUGAAGGAUGUCGACCAAGAGACUGGUAGAGAUUUAGCUCCACAAGCUAGGAUACAAUCUGGUGCCAACAUGGAACAACUUGGUGGCGCUAAGAAUGGAUAUGGUCUAAUAGAUGAUACAACCGUUGUCUUUGAAGACAGCGUGCCUACUCGCUCACGACAGAAGAAGAGGAUGACUUCGCCAGAGCGCUGGGAGAUUCGACAGCUUAUCGCCUCUGGAGUUGUGAAGGCGUCGGAUUACCCGGAUCUUGACGAGGAUUACAACGCUACACUAAAUGGAGAAGGCGAGAUGGAGCUUGAGGAAGAAGUCGACAUAGAACUCAAGGAGGAGGAGCCCCCUUUCCUGGCAGGUCAAACUAAGCAGUCCCUUGAACUGUCUCCUAUCAGAGUAGUCAAGGCACCUGAUGGUUCUAUGAAUCGAGCUGCCAUGUCUGGAACGACUCUCGCAAAAGAUCGUAGAGAGCUAAGGCAACAAGAGGCCCAAGACAAAGCCGCCGAACAAAGCUCAAAAGUUGACUUGUCGGCACAAUGGAAUGACCCAAUGGCAGCGACUGAUGAUAGAAAAUUUGCCAGCGAACUACGGAAUGCUAAACCUGCCGUGUCAAAUGAGACUGUUCCAGAAUGGAAGAAAAUCACGCAGAACAAAGAGCAAUCACUUGGACGUCGAACGGAUAUGACGAUUAAGCAGCAGCGAGAGUCGUUGCCAGUGUUCAGUUUCCGGUCAAGAGUUAUCGACGCCAUCCGUCAAAACCAAAUCUUAAUUGUAGUCGGUGAUACUGGUUCAGGAAAGACGACCCAGUUGACACAGUACUUAGCUGAAGCUGGGUUUGCUAACGAUGGCAUGAUCGGCUGUACCCAACCUCGACGUGUAGCUGCUAUGUCAGUGGCAAAGCGUGUGGCCGAGGAAGUUGGAUGUCAACUAGGUCAGGAGGUUGGCUACACAAUUCGGUUCGAGGAUUGCACAUCACCAGCGACAAAGAUCAAAUACAUGACUGACGGCAUGUUGCAACGAGAAAUUUUGAUAGAUCCUGAUCUCAAAAGAUACUCUGUUAUCAUGCUGGAUGAAGCUCACGAACGUACGAUAGCCACAGAUGUUCUUUUUGCUUUGCUCAAGAAGACAGUGAAGCGCCGUCCAGAUUUGAAGAUUAUUGUCACGUCUGCUACGCUAGAUGCUGACAAGUUCUCGGCCUAUUUCAACGAAUGCCCUAUCUUUUCGAUUCCUGGACGCACUUACCCAGUUGAGGUCAUGUAUUCCAAGGAGCCUGAAUCGGACUAUUUGGAUGCCGCUCUUGUUACGGUCAUGCAAAUACAUCUAACCGAGCCUCCCGGGGACAUUUUACUCUUCUUGACUGGACAGGAAGAAAUUGAUACGAGUUGUGAAAUACUCUUCGAGCGGAUGAAAGCCCUCGGUCCAAGCGUUCCAGAGCUCAUCAUCCUUCCGGUCUACUCUGCUCUCCCCAGUGAAAUGCAAAGUAGGAUCUUCGACCCAGCGCCUCCUGGCAGCCGCAAGGUUGUCAUUGCAACCAAUAUUGCAGAAACAUCAAUCACAAUUGAUCACAUCUAUUACGUGAUUGAUCCUGGAUUUGUAAAGCAAAAUGCGUACGAUCCAAAAUUGGGAAUGGACUCCCUCGUUGUGACGCCUAUCUCCCAGGCACAAGCAAAGCAACGUGCUGGACGUGCAGGGAGAACUGGACCAGGAAAGUGCUUCCGUCUCUAUACAGAAGCCGCCUUCCAGUCUGAAAUGUUGCCUACCUCGAUUCCCGAAAUUCAACGGCAAAAUUUGUCUAACACGAUUCUGAUGCUCAAGGCUAUGGGUAUCAAUGACUUGCUUCAUUUCGACUUUAUGGAUCCCCCUCCAACAAAUACCAUGUUGACUGCCCUCGAAGAACUCUACGCUCUUUCUGCACUAGAUGACGAAGGUCUAUUGACUCGAUUAGGCCGCAAGAUGGCCGACUUCCCUAUGGACCCGUCCCUUGCGAAGGUUAUGAUUGCAGCGGUCGACCUGAGAUGCUCUGACGAAAUUCUUAGCAUUGUCGCAUUGUUGUCCAUGCCCCCUCCUUUCUACCGACCCAAAGAAAAACAAACGCAAGCAGAUCAGAAGAAAGCGAAGUUCCACGAUCCGCACGGCGAUCACUUGACGCUACUUAACGUCUACAACGGCUGGAAGCAAAAUAAAUUCGCCAAGCAGUGGUGUUUCGAGAACUUCAUUCAAGAGCGUUCGAUGCGGCGAGCAAAGGAUGUUCGUGACCAACUCCUCCAGAUCAUGGGACGGUAUAAGCACCCAGUCGUAUCUUGUGGUAGAGAUACCCAGAAGGUUCGCCAAGCUCUGUGCUCUGGCUUCUUCCGGAAUUCGGCAAGGAAGGACCCCCAAGAAGGUUACAAGACACUCAUUGAAGGCACGCCUGUCUAUUUGCACCCAAGCUCAGCGCUAUUUGGCAAGCAAGCGGAGUGGGUCAUUUACCACGAACUUAUCUUAACAAGUAAGGAGUACAUGCACUGUACCACGGCGAUUGAGCCACGUUGGCUGGUAGACGCUGCGCCUAGUUUCUUCAAGGUGGCGCCAACGGAUAAGUUGAGUAAGAGAAAGAAGGCAGAGAGGAUUCAGCCUUUGUAUAACAAAUUUGCUGCUGAGGAUGAUUGGAGAUUGUCUUCACAAAAGAGGCAAGGCAGAGGUGGUGGAGGAGGAACAUGGGGCUAA